AUCCUUCCUCCACGCAUUUAGGUCACGCGUUCAGCUCCCGGCCGCUUUCCUACUCCGUCGGCUGGAGAGUCGGGGUCGCCCGGGUUGCUCGCGCCGAGUCCCGUCAUGAGGAGGUCUUCGCGUCGGAAGUUGGAUACGCGCGCCGGAGCCAGGUCCGAAGAGGAGGACGAAGAGGAGGAGGCGGCGGCGGCAGUGACUUCCCGGAGGUCCGGGGGGAAGACCACGUCGAAGCCGCUCAGUCAGAUCUUCCAGGAGCUGGAGGCGCAGGCCGUCAGAGAGAGCCGCCUGUCCGAGGAGCCGUCGGCUGGCGAGGAGGCCUCUUCCGCCUCCAUGGAGUGGGACACGAAGGCGGCGAAGAGGUCCUGCCCGCUGGGCCCCCACGGGCUCCGCGGAGACGAGGCCAAGCCGGGGCCCUCGGCCCUGCCGGAGAGAGACUCGGGGCCUCUGGAGAACUUCGUCGUAUUCCACUGCUUGGGCUGCUUCGCCGUGCUCGGAGACUCGGUGCAUCUGUGUCGGGAGGAGACGCGCCUCCUGAGCAUCCUCGUCUUAAGCAGAAUCACAAAUAAUGUCAUUUUGGAUAAGUCCUUACUGGUUGGCAUUGAAGGUGCUCUCCUGGGCAGUACCUACAACCCUUUAUUCUGCCAUUCUUGUGGACUUUCUGUAGGUUUCAGACUUUAUUCUACAUAUGCUACCCUUUCUGAUUUGAAGGGUCUCUUCUGCCUUUUUAAGAACAGCAUUGUGUGCUACCUUUUAAAAACAAAAUCUAUAAUAAAUGCAUCUGAGAUGGAAUUUCCUGCUAAGCAUCUAAAUGAACAGAUUUCAAAGCUGAAAGAGAAGAUUAUGAUGAUGGACUCUAACUUAACAACAAUAAUUCAGGAUCUGAAGACGGUGAUCCAUGGACCAUUGGAUGUAGAGCUAGAUUAAUAUUUGAAUCAGAAACAAACCUUUAAGAGUAGAUUCAUCCUGUACUGCAAUCUCAGGAAUUCUCUAAUGGUGCCUAUGCAUGCUGUCUUUGGUUGAUUUCUGGGACAUGAAGAAGUAUGUUCUCCAACUAAGCCUUCUCUUCUGCUUAACCAAAUGUAUUGAUAAAUUGCAACUGGAAAGAAAGGAGGUAAGGAGAAAGCUUUGAAAAACCAGGAAUGUACAUCAAGAUUCAAGCUUCAUAAAAUAAUUUGUCUUGAAGCACAUUUCUUACCAAGUGAGCUUAUUGAGACUUCCCUUCAAUGUUGACCAUUUUGUGGUGCUUCAGAAUUCAGUCAUGUUAAAAAAAUUUUCAACUUAUCAAUACCAGUAUAGUCUUUUUUUUUUUUAAGAAAAAAAGGUUAUUAGUAAUUAUAGUGGGCUCUAUGUGCCCCAAACUUCAGGUGCAUGAUUGUCCUCAAAAUGUGUCUUUUGUUUGAAGUAUUAAUAGGAAGUAAAUGGAAUGUUAAUUUAAUUUUAACCUUGCACAAAGCAACUGUUUAUAUAAAUAUUGCUGGAAUCUUGACAUUGUAUUUUUGCCAUGUCUUGUCUUUUAAAUUUUUUCUUACCUAUGAAUCUCUAUAGAA